AUGUCUGCUGCUCAAACCAAAGCCGAGGGCAUUAUUGAUGGUAACGCUGUUGCCGUCUUCAGCAAAUCCUACUGUCCACACUGCAAAGCCGCCAAGAAGCUCUUGACCGAUUUGAAGGCAAAUUUUUACGCUAUCGAGCUUGAUCAAGUUGACGACGGAUCAGCUAUCCAAUCCUACCUUGUCGAAAAGACUGGCCAAAGCUCCGUCCCUAAUAUCUUCAUCGGACAAAAACAUGUUGGUGGAAACUCGGAUUUGCAGGCGAAGGAUAAGAAGGAUUUGGAAAGUCAGUUGAAGGAAUUGAAUGCUAUCGCGGCUUAG